AUGGAAGAUGUUAGAGAUAAACUAAAACCAAUUCGUAUACAUAUUGAUUAUUCUCUUACAUCAAAGUUCGAUGCAAAUAUUGUUCCACCAAUACUCGAUCCUGCAAAUUCCUCAUAUGACUAUAACAUUCCAAUACAAAAAGAUUGUGGUUCAGAUGAUAUAUGUAUACCUAAUCUUCAAAUAUCAACAUCAAAGUGGCCAGAUGAUUAUAAAGUUGGCUUGACAAAAAAGAUUCUUCUUGAUAUCAAUGUAAUUAAUACAGGAGAAAAUGCAUACGAUACUCGAUGUUUUAUACAAUUACCAACCGGAGUUGAAUAUGUUAGUUCAAAUUCAAGUUCAAUUAUGAAUCUCUAUUGUAAUUUAAUGAAACCAUCUGAUCGUAUCAUUGUUUGCCAACUUGGUAAUCCACUUUUGGCUAAUGGAAAUAUAUCAUUACAAAUUCAUACAGCUGUUAAAAAUUAUUCAGCCAUAGAAUCCGAUCCACUUUUAUUUUUCAUUAAUGUUACAAGUGAUAAUCCAAAUUCAACAAAAUUAACAACAGAAAUUGUAAUACCAAUAUCCAGUUCACCAGAAUUAGUCUUAAUAGGUGUUGUUAAACCGGAACAAAUAGUCUCAGAUACGUCAGAUCAAACUUUUGUCAGAUAUACUACUACUUCAAAAACAGAUGAUCUAGAAAUUGUUCAUACAUAUACAUUACAUAACAAAGGACCAAGUGAUGCAAAACGUACAGAAGUUAAAUUGAUGUGGCCUAUGCUUCCAUUAACAGGAUUCAAUGAACAAAUACCAUUAUUAUAUGGAAUUGAUCUUCCAAAUAUUAUUCGAGUGUCAGAUCCAAAAGCAAAUAAAGAUCGUUGUCAUAUCUAUUCUUCAUCUACAUAUCAAAUUCCUCGUAUAGAAAAUGAUCGUAGUAAAUUUCCUUCUUUUUUUGAAAAAUUUCGUCCAACAAUGACAAAUAAUUUUAUUUUACAAGAACAAUCUUCAAAUGAUCGAUCUCAGGGAUCAUCAUUACCAAUUUAUUGUCAUGGGCCAUUAUGUAAAACAUUUAUAUGUUAUAUUGAUACAUUACCUAUUGGUCAUAGUGUUUUAAUACAAUUAAAAGCUACAUUACGAUAUAAUCAUUUUCAAUCAAAACUGGAUCGUUCGAAACCCUUUAUUAUUGUUUCAAAUGCAAGUGCACAAGUACGAGAAAUACCAUUGAAGUUUUCAAAUACAAAAUUUCAACAACAACCAAUCGUUGAAUUAAAGGUAUUAUUUUUUUUAUAG